AUGGGCCUACUUGCGACUCGACUGGGGCCGCAACUACCUGAUCAAGCACAGGACCACCGACGGAUCAUCUCCAUCAAGGGCCCUUCGACCGACGAUAUCGCCGUGAUUGAGGUGGUUCGGACUGGACUACAGGAGCUCGGAAACACAUUCCCCGAUGCAGAAUGCAGGCGCGCAGGGCCCAGUAAGGACGCCAGGUGCCCACCCAGCACAUGCUUCGUCAAGUACAACCGCGAGAGGAAGGGGUACGAGGCACAGGACCUGCGCGGCGUCCCCGCCCCCGUCUCCAUGGUUUCCCCGGGGCUAAAAAACGCCAGUGUCGCAGACAAGCGGAUGGCCAACAAGGUGCACCUCGGCCACAACACUGGCACAGCUCUCCGCCGCCGCGCUGCGCCCACCCUGGGCGCGGCCAUCCACGACCCCGGCGCCUCCGACACCGCCCGCCCAGGCGCAGAAGGUUUCCCAGCAAACAACAUGAACGACAUCGACGAGAGUGUUGGGCUGCAGGUCCUCCACUCGUACAACGACCGCUACGUCGCCCUGGUGCGCGGCCCUCCUGGUUGUGGGAGAACAAGCACCGUCGUGACUUUGGUCGCAGUGUGGGCCACCGCCCUGCGCACCAGCCAAGCCGUCGGCGGGUGCGCCGACGUCCCUGGGGCCGCCAUCACCGUUGAUCUCGCGCGGGCGGCGCUAUCAGAGAUGGAAAAGGGGCCCACCGUCAAGGUCAUUGCCCCGCGCAGGCUGCAGAAGGGAAUCCUCGAGGACGGCUGGCCGCUCGCCCCCCGAGCCCUGCAGAUUGCGAUGAGGGGCGACAAAUGCUCCGACGCUCCCGGCCCCGACCCCCGCUCGCACCUCGAUCCUGACUACAUCCCUGAAGGGCUCCUUCGACGACUCGUUCUGGCGAAUGGGGUACCGGGGUGCAGUGUCAAGGACGCGUUCCAGUCCACGCGCGCCCACGCGGAUGACGGGUUCGCCGGCCGGGCGCCAGCUCAAGUGAAGUCCGGGCACCCCGGGCCGAACGUCUCCACGAUGGCCCCCUGCGCGUGGCGGUUCUUCAUGACCUUAGUGAAAUCAUCAAGGCUGACCUGGUUCCCGGCGAGCUUCUCGUGGAGGGCGUUGCCGUGCUCGCGGAAACACUGGGCGGCCCUCUGGUGCGUCUGCGCCACGAAUGGGAGCCCGCCGGCGCCCUGCCAGUUCAUGAGCAUGCGGAUCCUGGACUUCGACUUGGGGUCGAGCCAUUCGUACAGCGUCUUGGCGUGCUUGGCGAGCUCGGUCGGGUCCUUCGGCGCGAGCGUCGCGCCGGCGCUGCUGCCCGCGCCCUGGCGCAGGCUGGCGACCGGGGGCGCCGAGGCGACCGAGCGCGGAGCCCUGGCCCUGCAGGAGAACUUCGCGAGAUUUGUGUACAGUGCCGCUGACUUCGGGCGCCUCUGGUCCCUCGUUCUAGGAGCAAUUUGGAGAAGCCUCGAGAGCAGACCAGCCAUCGGAGCAGAUCUGCGGGGCGCCCAGGGCGAGGCGCUGCUGCGCGCCACGGCGGAAAUGCCGAACUGCCGGUCCAAGUCGCUGAAGUUCGUGGAGAGGCCCGACGUUGCCCAGAUCUGCAAGCAGCACACCCUGGUGACCAGCGCCUUCCAGCAGAUCCUCCACCACGACGGCAACCUGGACCUGUGCAUCCGCUGCGAGUGA